AACUGAGAACCGCUUGCUGCGCAUUAUCUUGUUUACUGAGCAAAUCAUAAAUCAACGAUUAUCGGAAUCUCUGCGAGGCCUAGCAAUGUCUGCCUUCAAAUACCCCGUUGAUAUACCCAUCGACAGUCCGUUUGGAUUAUACAAUAUUCCUUUCGGAAUAUACAGUACUGAUAGCAAGACGCCACGAGCAGCCACAGCAGUGCAAAAUUGGAUCAUCGACCUUGAUGCGCUGCUUCGAUACGGUAUCUUCAAAGACGAAGGUUAUGCAAAUUUGCUCCAAGGGGUUUUCCUGCAGCCAGUCCUCAAUGAAUUCGCCGCGUUACCAAUUGCAGUCCGCCAUCACGUCCGACAAAGUAUUAUCGACAAUUUGAGCGACCCUGAGUCCCUCAUUUUCACAGACCAUACUUUACAAUCGGAAGCAUUACUUCCCAUAGACGAGGGGAAGAUGCAUUUGCCGAUGAGAUUAACUGACUAUACAGAUUUCUAUACGUCGGUAGUGCACGCUGAAACUGCCGGCAAAGGACUGAAUGUACCCAUUCCGCCAGCAUUCUGGGAGUAUCCGAUGGCUUACAACGGUCGUAUAUCAUCCGUAACGGUGUCCGGCACCGACGUGAUUCGUCCCAAGGGAUUCUUUCUCCCACCUGAAUCGAGUGAUGGUCAUGUCAAAUUGCAGCCGUCACAGAAACUUGAUUUUGAGAUGGAACUUGGUUGUUUUAUCUCCCAUCCUGUAGCACCCGGGCAUGUAGUCCCUGCCAAAGAUGCUUGGAAACAUGUCUUUGGCUACGUCCUUCUCAAUGAUUGGUCGGCACGGGAUACUCAGCGCUACGAAAUGCAUCCAUUUGGACCAUUUCAUUCCAAAAGUUUCCUAACAAGUGUUUCUCCUUGGGUGGUGACUCCUGAGGCGCUUCAAGGUAGCCUAAUCAGCCCAGUUGCUGCGAAUAAGUUGCCCAUUGAGAGCCAUCUCCAAAGCGAUCCAAAUAAGCACGCUGGAUAUGAUAUCGAGUUUUCGGUAUUUUUGUCCCGAAAUUCCUUCGCCCCUGUCAAAAUUUCAAGAUCAUAUCUCAGGGACUCUCACUGGGAUUCCCUUCAAAUGAUUGCCUACCAGUCUUCAAGCGGCUGUGGCCUAAAUACAGGCGAUCUGCUGGGUUCUGGUACCAACUCUUCACCUACACCAGUCGUACGGGAUCCAUUAUCACCGGUAGGGUGUGGAUGCCUUUUUGAGGCCGUUUCUGCAGGUAUUGAUCUUCCCCCAGUGGCAGGUCAGAAAGUCGUCUGGUUGGAGGAUGGGGAUCGUGUAAUUAUGGAAGGCUGGUUUACUACACCGGAUGGUAAACGAGCUGGUUUCGGGCCCUUGUCUCACUUAGUGGUACCUGCAAGGAUGUAGAUGGAAUAUGUGUUGCGAAACACUCGUACUCGCUGGGCAAUACUCUGGAUGCCUUCGUCUGCCCUCAUGCCACUCAGGGAUGUAUGUAGAUACUGACAUGAUGAUUUGGAGUGUUUGUUACGGAAAGUGCCGAUCAUGGAAAGCUGAGUAUGUAUGGUUCAAUCUCAAUAUAAAAUUGCUAGUUGCAUAUCUAUUACACCUAGGAUUUACUC